AUGCGAUAUCCUCGCUUAGCCGCUCUGGGACUGCGAAUCUACCCAUGGAAGGAAUAUCAGGACUUCCGGCACCAUACACCCGCUCAAAGACAUGCCUACAUCAUCGGUAGACUCGAAAGCGCUCGACGACGGGAGUGGAUGUGGAUCGUCGCCGUCGCAGGUAUCGGUUUUUUCACCGAUGCAUAUGGUAUCUUCUCUGUCAACAUGGUUCUACCCAUGAUGAAUAUUGUCUAUUGGAAUCAUUCGAACUGGAUCGAGCCGAAUGCAGUCCGGCAUGACUAUGAGGUGGCUCUCAGUAUAGUCACUUUAGGCGGUGUUAUGCUUGGCCAGAUCGCCUUUGGCGUCGCUGCAGAUGUCUGGGGACGAAGCAAGAUGUACGGCAUGGAGUUGGUUAUUUUGAUCUUCGCCACCCUGGGACUGGCAUUAUCUUCCUCAGGGGCUGAAAACUCCAUGUCCGCUAUCGCCCUUUUCUUAUUUUGGCGUGGCCUGCUCGGGAUUGGUUUGGGUGGGGAUUAUCCUCUGUCGGCAGUUAUUUGUUCAGAGUUUGCGCCGAGCCGACUACGAGGGCGACUACUUGCAACAGUCUUCUUUUGCCAGUCUCUCGGACAGCUCGCCGCGCAAUUGGUUGCUCUCAUCGCGGUGGCGGGCUUCCAACACCAUCUCCCCACCAACCCUGAUACCACCACAUGUACAGGGAACUGUAUUCGAAGCCUUGACACCAUUUGGCGGCUGCUUGUCGGAUUAGGAGCAGUGCCUGCCUUUAUCGCAUUGUGGUUCCGGCUGACGAUUAUCGAGUCCCCUCGCUAUACAGCAGAAGUAACCAAAGACAGUCUGCAGGCCGUCAAUGACGUCUCUCAAUUCUAUCAACGUGUUAGUAUUGACAAUGCAUCAGUGAACAGUGUAGAACCUCCCUCUCCGGAAUCAGGUUCAUUCCGACUAUCGCCGACCCAAUCAGCCGAGCAACAGCCAGAUCGGCCUGCUUCUGCUGCCCCGUUUGCGGAACAAGAUGCCACCUCCCCAUUGGCAAUCUGGAAAGACUUCAAACUCUUCCUCAGGCAGAAGGACAACUUCAGAAAACUGGCUGCCACAUCCCUCUGCUGGUUCUGUCUCGACCUCCCCUUCUAUGGGCUAGGGCUCAUCAGUCCGCGGAUUACGCGAACCAUCUGGUUCGGAAGCAAGCUGCCCCGGACUAGUUUGUAUCAGCUACUCUUUCAAACAGCAUAUCAGAGUAUUGUUGUUGUCUCCUCUGGCGCUAUCGUUGGUAGCCUGUUAUCAAUCCUGACGAUCGACAAAUUGGGUCGGCGCAAUAUCCAACUGAACGGAUUUUUCUGGCUAUUCUUGCUCAAUGUGGUUAUCGGCGCUUCGUUCCAGCAUCUGGUGAAACAUGAUGAUCCGUCAGCGUUGGUGGUGUUGUAUAUUCUCUGCCAGAUAUUUUUCAACUUUGGACCCAACACAACAACAUAUAUGCUCCCUGCUGAACUCUUUCCGACUCGGUUCCGGUGCACCUGCCACGGUAUUGCGGCCGCCUUUGGCAAACUCGGCUCGGUCCUUGCGCAGUGUUUCCUGGCAUAUGUGGAUUUCGGCAACGGAGCAGACUAUACCAACGUACCGGAUUGGUUGGGAUAUGCACUUCUUUGCCUAUCUUUCUUCAUGCUCAUGGGUCUAAUCAUCACAUAUUUCUUCAUUCCUGACGUCCGAGACAAGGAUGGACGCAUCAAGUCGUUGGAGGAACUUACAGAUGGGAUGAUGCCAGAUGCGGAGUUUUCCCAGGCUGUGGUGAAUGGAUAUCCUGCACGAGGGGCAAGCCCUCAGAUGACCCAGGUUGAUGGGGAUAGUAUCAGGGUAUAA